GUGCACUUCAGCCUUGCAAACCUUCUUUUGUCUUCGUCGUUGUCGCGCGCCGUAUUAUUGUUGCCAUUCAACUUGCGACUUUCUCCGAGGGCAGCCACAGAGACUUCGAAUAAUCCCGACUUGAAAGGAUUCGCGAUCACGAUCUACCAAAAUGCCAAAAUUCUUUUGCGACUACUGCGAUGUGUACCUCACGCACGAUUCCAUGAGCGUCCGCAAGGCGCACAACAGCGGUCGUAACCAUCUACGAAACGUUGUUGACUACUACCAACAGAUUGGUCACGAAAAGGCCCAGUCCGUUAUUGACUCGAUUACCUCCUCGUACGCCGCCGAAGGCCAAGCCCACGCCAAUCCCAUGCUCCCGCAGAACCAACCCGGCGGAGUCCCUCCCGGCCUCGGCUUCCCGCCCCCGGGCGCCGGCGUUCCCCCCUUCCCGCCUUUCCCUGGCGGCAUGCCUCCUCCGUUCCCAGGCAUGCCCGGUGGCGCGCCGGUGCCCCCUCCCGGAGCCUUUGGUGCCCCAGGCGUGCCCGGCGGUAUUCCUCCCCCGGGAGCGCCAGGAGCUCGCGGAAUGCCACCAAUGCCACCAUUCCCUGGUAUGCCUGGUGCUCCUGCUGGUAUACCUGGCGUACCACCUCCGAUGCCCGGUCCUGGUGGUCUGCCAUUCCCGCCCCCAGGGGGUCUACCCUUCCCCCCACCUGGAGCAGGAAACUUCCCCUUCCCCCCUCCCGGCGCGCCAGGUGCGUUCCCCGGUAUGCCGCCUUUUGGCGCCCCUGGUCAAGGGCCUCCGGGUGCCGACAAGAGGUGAAGUAGUUUGGUGUACGAUGAGAGUAGCUUGAGAAAGGGCACGACAACAUAGCAACCUGGGUCAGGCCGCCAAAACGAGCAUAAUAUUCACGGCUUUCAGUUUCGGAUUUCAUUCAAUUGGUGUUUGCAAUUGGGUUUCAUUUUCUCGGAACACGAUACCAAGAUUCUACGGCGGC